AUGGAAACUUGGUUCACGAUUCUUGGUUGGACACUAUCCAUUGUGGCGGCGGCUGGAAAUGGUUCCAUUAUUUUUCUUGUUUGCAGCAAACGACGGCUCCUCACUAAAACCAACGCUUUUAUCAUUUCUCUUGCAGUAGCGGAUCUCGGUGUAGGGGCUAGCGUUUUCCCUUCAGAGUUUUUCUGCGAAAUCGUUAAAACUAGCCAUAAUUCGUCUUCAAGAUGUAAGAAUAUCAAUUGGCCAAUACGAUGGCUGUUCGGCUACGCAUCUGUGGCAAGCUUGUGUUGUUUAGUUCUGGAUCGUUACGUGGCGAUUGUUAAGCCUUUAAAGUAUCUAAAUUUUAUGAGCCGAGGUCGUGUUAUCAAAAUGAUUUUUGUUUCCUGGGCAAUCCCCGUGGGAUUUGUCAUAACUUCAUUUUUCUUACCUGGUCCAGUGAAGUGGACUUUUGUUCACAUAUUUACCAUCCUUUCGGUGUUUUUUUCAUGCUGUUUUCUAAUAUUCUGCUUUUCCUCUAUGAUACUUGUCGUAUAUAAACAUGAUAGAUCGUCAGCCACCUUAGCAAAACAGCUACGCUUCAACCACAGAGGUUUGCCGGUCAGCAGUCAGGACAGAUCAGCAGUAACAAUGAUGGCGAUUGUAAUAGUCGUGUUUCUCGUCUGCUAUGCAAUAUAUUUGCGCUGCAGUUUAGUAAGGCGUCUUUAUCAAUCCGCUUGUAAUGAUAAAGUCUAUAAAAUACCCAUGUUAGUCCUGAAUUCCGCCAUCAACCCUUGGGCAUAUGCAUUCUUCAAGAGGGAUAUAAAGAAGGAAAUGAUUAAGAAAUUGCUUUGCAGAAAAACUAAGGAGAAACUGCAGAAUCAAUAAGUAUUAAAAAUUCAAGAUUUGUGAUUACAGUUGUUUAAGUUAAGAAAUCAAAAAGUGUUAAAUCCUCAUAAGCCCGUAGGCACAGUUUCGACAGUUUUUUUCCAAUAAUAAUAAUAUCGCGCAAAUUUUUCAUAUCAUGGUAUAUGAUAAAAUGCGCGUAAAGGACAAGAUGAACUCUAGAGUUAAUGCCUCCCAGCCAAUAGUAGAUUCCAUUACUCGAAAGUUCGUUCUAUUGUUACAAUUCAUUGAAUAGAUAACUUCCCUUAUUGUCAUUUAACAGUUUGAUCCCAUACUGCCAGGCAACUCAGACAGUGUUUUAGGCAUAUAAAUUGUCAAUCGAACAAUAGACAUUUUCUGUAAUAAUUAUUAUUAGAGCUGUUUUUAAAAACUAAAUUGUAAGGACAAAUGUUUUAGAGAUAUAGAGAAAGAUAUCUAAGGUCUUGACUUCAAGUUAAGCACAAACUCAAGAAACCUUUGUUUGCUCUAUAAAUUAAAAGCACACCGCAAUAAACGUUUGCGACAAGAAAACAGACCGUUAGCGACGCCAACACUGGUUUCCCCUGCUCACAGACCCUCUAUUUUCUCUUCAAAGUCCGUCGAGCGCGCGAGACAAAAAACCGCGGGGGCUUUAUUGACCGCCAGCACAAGGGGGUAGGGGUGGGGGAAGAAAAAAAUGGACGGUCUGUAGACAUCUUUGGGAGCAACUGAGACUUGCUUUUCCCAGUAAAAGAAAAUUACCAUUGGCUGAACGGCGAUUAUCCUAGCUGUCAUCAUCAUGUCAACGACUCAUUACGCUCACGUCAUGCGAGUAGAAGCGUUUGUCAUCGCCUGGAGGCGCUAACUUACUAUUGUAAUUUGCAUUAAAAAAAAACACCGAUUGAAAGAAGCGCAGCCAGAUGCAGUCAUCGUCAUACUACAAGCUUGUAUUUAACAUGCUGACCACAUCUUUUGUAUCGAAGUGUAGACUAUGGAAAGCGUGCUUGACGACUAUUUGGCAGAGUUUUCAAGCAAAUACGUGCUCAAAAAAGAGCAGCGCCAAGCUUUUUUGGCUUUACUGGAGCAAAAGCCGGACUGGUUCACGCUUGGAAAUUUUUGUGCCAAUUUUGGCCAAGUUUAGUGUCCCCAGUUUCCAGUCCCUAAUUAGCAGUUCUAUAGCGCGGUCAUUUGGCAGCCAUUUUCGCUCAAGAGUCCUGGUCAGAAUUUGGCCAUUUGCGGAGGAAUGGGUACUAGGGGAGUUUUUCCCACUCAAAAACAAAUUUCUACAGGCUUUAAGCUUUCUGUUGAUAUGCGAUUUGCAUGCGUUUAAAUCUUUCUUCUGCAAAAUUUUUCCUUGUACUUUUACUCUCUGUUUCAUGCACACUGAGUUCUCAGUCCUUCAAGAAAAAUUGAGUAUUUUUGUCGAAACUUUUCUCGCUGGGAAACGUAUUAUUGCCAGGUAUGUUAUCAUAAACAGAAGAUCUGAAACCUCGGCUGUGUUUUCCUCGUUUUGGUUUUUUACCGGAUGCCUCUGCUUCUUAGAGAUUUUUGCGUUUAUAUGGUUCGCUGAGCGGUUUACAUGGGGAGCAAGUCACGAAGAAAGAGCACUACAUCGAAGAAAUGAAAGUCAAAUUUUCCUGUUGGGGAGCUCCGUAAGCAGAGGGCUACGCUUCGAGCGGAGUACCUUUCGAAAUCAAAGGAAAUUUGUACCUUAAAAAAAGGCUUCAGCGACUCAAGAAUAAGGUAAGUUUAGCUUGAAAAAGGUUUUUAGUGAAAGGAGAGGACUACUGUGUGGCACGAAAAUUUUGCGGGUUCUUAUUUUUGCGAUUUUUCCAUCGAUCCGCUAAAACUUACUCCAGAGUAAAUGUUCUCUAAGUUAAAUUCGCUACAUUCAUUUCGUACAGAAGAAGUGGGAAGAAGUUGAUAAAAUAUCAAGCAAAUUCAUCUUGUGUGAUCAUGUCCGCAAUUCUCAUGACCACUCUGUUUAACAAAGUAUUUAUAUUACAAGGAGAAAUUUGAUGCUGAUCAUUCAUAGGGCUUAAAGGGUUAACUUACGUUCUUGGACUUGCAGAAAACUCGCAUAAAAGAAAAUGUUGAUUCGGUAAAAGUUGAUCUUCCCGCUGUCAAGACUAAAAGAAGGUUAGUUUUUGAAGUGACAGCUAACACAUCCACUCUAUGAAAAAAAAAAGUCCAACUGUGCUCACUGAUGAGGGAAAGCUAAACGUGCCACAGCGAAGUGCCAGCAGAAGACAACUUGAAACGUUGGUUGCAGCAACAGAAGUAAAUGGUAGAUCUGUUGAAGACAGGUCCCCAGCCUUGGAUGGCAUGUUUUCUACGCUGACUAAAUAUGCGAAGACAGCAGCUCUAUCUAAAUACUUUUCUUCAUCAAAAAAGAUGAGAAAAGCUAGUCUAGCAGUAAUAAAACCUCAGGUUAAGCAGUAUGAGCAAAGUGAUCAUAAUGUCAUUCGUUCACUUUCUAUGCUUCAUGCAGCAGGAUUGAUGGAAAAGGUAAAAUAUGAACAAACAAGAUCAGCUCUUGUUAUGAAAAAUACUAAGAAACACACCAAGAAAGUAGGUUCUGUGUCAAAAGAAAGAGUUUUGUUUGGUAUGGGUAUCCCAUUCCUAAACUCCUUCCCUAUCGGUUGUUAAUGAAAAAAAUUGAAGAAAUUGAUGUGGGGGAAUUUUAUUCAAUAAGGGAAACCCUAUGCCAUGACCCUCCACCUGAUCAGCAGGUUGAUGGGGUCUAUAGAAACCUGGAGAACUUUUUACUUCUGCUGGCCAAGUUCUAUUUUGAGACUGAUCAGUACAGGAAACCUGGGGAUAAGCUGGUGUGGUUCAGUGAGAGGUAGGGAGCAUUUAAGGUUGCCAUAGGGGGUGAUGGGGCUCCUUUUGGGAAAUGGGAUCAAUCUAUGUCAUGGCUGAUACGUUUUUUGAAUGUGGGGCCCAGGGUAGCUAGUCCCAGUGACAAUGUUUUGCUUUUUGGAGCUAAUUGUAAGGAGGACCACAUGGUUGUUUCUCGUUUUACAGUGAAACUUGCUACAGACAUGGAAAAAAUAGAGAGCAAAUCUUACACAGUAUUGGGUAAGAAUGUCACCUUUUCUUGUGAUCUCCUGCCAGGAGAUAUGAAACUCCUUGCAUAUAUAAAUGGGGAAUUAAGUAAUGCAGCUAAAUAUUUUUCUAGCUUUGCUAAUGUCUCCAAAGAUGACUGUAAUGCACUGAAUGGGAAGUAUGGAGAAUCUCAUGAUUGUAAGUGGAAGCCUUGGCAGUAUGCAGAAAGAAUCAAUGUUGCAAAACAGGUUGAAGAUUUCAAGAAAAAAGUACCUAGUCAUUUAGCAGUAUCAACAAAGAGAUCCAAAGUAACUCAAUUUAUUGCUGUAAAAAAAUUCAGACAAGAAUUCAAACCUUUAAUUGGUAAGCUAUGUGACAAGGAAGUUGUUGAACCACUUCACCUUAAGAAUAAUGGUGUCCAACAUUUUCAUGCAAUGUUACUUGAUCUUGCUAUUUCUGUAAGUAACCUCCCCAAAAAAUUAAAUAGCCUUGAUGAUUUGCCCUCCAAUUCGGCAAUGUCCAGGUAUUUAAAGGCCAUGGAACAAGAUGUUAAAGCAGGGAGAAUGAAAAAACAACUAGGUAGGUGGCUCCUUGAGGAUAGAGCUAAAGAUAAAGACUUCACUUACAGGUUAACUGGUAAAGAUUCGCACCUAAUCUUGCAUGGCUUUAUGUAUCUAGUGAAAGCAAUUCAGGGUGACUCAAAUGAUCCCAAGUUGAUAAUGCGACUUCUGCCAAUUGUCUUCAUUGGUAUUCGACUCAGGGUUUUUAGGUAUGGUAAUAAAGAUGAAACAAAGGAAAAAUAAAAAUUACUUGAGAUAAAAAAAACUAAGUACAACAUAUAUAUAUAUAUAUAUAUAUAUAUGUUGCUACCUCAACCCAUUAGUAACUGUAUAGAAAACACUGUUCCCUCUUCAAUGAUGAAGGAUACCAAAGGCAUUCCAAUGGCCAUAAUGGAAUUUCAAUUCCAACAUUUCUUCUUUAUAUUUAUAUUUCAUAAUUCCAUUCUUCCUUUCAUCAACAAUGAGUUCACUUCCCCUUUUCCAACUCCUAGCUUCUUUGUGAAUCCUUGGCAGUCCUCAAAUUUAUUAAAUAAGGCACACAGUCUUUUCAUACUUGAGAAUGUUAUUGUGACUGAAUAAGGCUGCUACAAAACAUCUACACCAAAACGUGUAAGAUUUACAACCCCUUUAUUCAAUAAAUUGAACACUUCCUGUGGCAUCGGGACGUCAAAACAAAUCAACCAAGGAUGGAUUUUACUCAUCCGCGGACUAAGUCGGCGAUAAAUGCCUUUCUUAGCACGUAUCAUUGUGCGCUCCAACAUGGAAGAUAUGGGACAAAUUUCAUGCUGAUAUCGAUCCCGAAGGGGACCGUAUUUUCCCUUCACAACAGCCUCGGCCACUUUCCCUAGCGCUUGAAAAGUUUGAUCUAGAUCUCUCAGCUUAUGUACAUUUGAAAUCCGCCGGGAAAAAUUCGACUUCUGGCGAUUUAAUGCUCCUUUAAUGCCACUAAUAACUUCCACUUGGUCAGGUUCCCUUUGAGCCGCCAUUUUUUUUUUUGAUUCACAUGGACCCAAUCCUCCGCGCGGCCGCGAAAAGUUGGCCGAAUUUUAGGUCAAAAUUUCCAAGCGUGGGUUGUGGCCGUUCUUACCACGAGUUUUGGAAAAAUUUUAAUUUACCAGUUGUUCGCGGCAGUGAAACUCAAACAAAGAGAAAAGAAUGUAGUUUUAGUUGCAUCGCCAUUGCGGAUGUUAUCAAUGAUCAAGUUGAAGCAAUGCUUUUUUAAAACCAUUUUAUAUCAAAAAAUAAACUAUUUACUGAAUUGAAAUUAUCAAGCGUCGACACUGUGUCGAGUCAUAUGUUUUCUCCUUCACCUGCCCCUCGUGUUUUUAUAAUCGAUGUUUCCCGAUUUCCCUUUGCGUGUUGCAAAUUUAUUAUCUAACUUCGCUCUCACCAAAUACGUUCAAUUCUGGCUGGGAUCUAACUAUCAAGUGUAAUCAUAUAACUUUGAUAAAGCUUUAUUGUUGGCUUUGAAUAAUGGGCUGCAACUAGAUAGUUGUCUUACAACACGAAUCUCAAGGCUCGGACUUACUUAUAUUUUGAGAAAUUAUUUAAAAGAAAUCCACGAGCCCUUCGAUCUGUUUUUUUUUGAAAUAGGUAGUGAAGAAGGGACUCAGUAUGGAGAUAUUGCUAACUUACUUGUUGUCAAAGUGUAUUUAUUGUGCAGUGAUGCAGCUGACUCCCGAUAACUCGAACCCUCACUAACUCGAACUUCGCGCUAACUUGAACCAAAAUCGAUUUUCCCGGGAUUUCCGUCAUACAUUUAUUGUAACUUUACCCUCGGUAACUCGAACCCUAGAUAACUCGAACCUCCCGCUAACUCAAGGUGGUUUUUGUUUCCCCUCAGAUCAUUUCUAUACAAUGUUACCCUCAAUUCGAACCAUGUUUUGAGCCCUUUUUUAUUUAAUUAAAAGUCGGGAAAAGAAAAAAAAACAGUCUUCUGGCGUCCCAAACAUUGAAUUUUGAAUUUCCCACUGACAUGUUGUAGGAAAUACUUUACUAUUGGAGGCUGAUUUUGUUUGUCACUAAUAACGAAUUACUCCUUAAUUUUUGCGCGAAAUUUCAGUGAUAAUUUGUAAUUUCACACGUGAAAUUACAAAAAUGCCAUGGCAACCUUCCGUACGUCUCAGUGUCAAGAUGGCGACGAAGUUUUAAAAUGCCAUGAAUGAAGAUGCCAGGGCAUAAAAAGACGCUUUAGAAAACCUGAACACACGAAAGAGCACAUCAAGAAGGAUUCUAACAGGUAUUUUGUCGAAAAAGUCUGAAUUUAAGCCAAAUUUAAGCUCUAAACGUUCGAGAGAUUGGAGUUCUCGAUCGAUAAGAUCCAGGAUAAACAUGUCAAAGUCCAAGAUUGCUAACGUAAUUCGUCACCUAUAACAUUAAUAGGUAAUCAAAUGGUAUACUUGUGAAAUUAGGGAAUAAUUUCACUUGCGUUUUGUCCAAAUCCUAAUAAUUUCCCUCGCCUUUAAAUUAUAAGGAUUUGGACAUAACGCGCGUGAAAUUAUUCCCUAAUUUCACUAGUCACCAUUUGAUAACACAUACAACUCUAGCGUGAAACAGCCUUACUUCUCAAAACAGUAAACCGCAUGCUCUAUUUAGGCAAUGUUGUUACGUUACGUUCUGAUUUAUAAUCUAGAAGUGUCUUUUAAUUUUCACUUGACAUUUCUACAAUUAAAUGUGAUUAAAAUGUUCACUAUGCAGUAAAAACUCCCUGCUAUUUUUUCCGAGUUCCCGAUAACUCAAACCUUUUUCGAUUUCCCUUGAAGGUUCGAGUUAUCGGGAGUCGACUGUAUACUAAGAGCGGAGCUCUCGCGCGCGAAGCUUGCCAGCAGAGCACCAUGGGUAAAGAAAAUGAAGUAAUCUACCCAUCCGAGAAAAAUGUUAUUUCUGACGAAUGAGCCCGCGAAGAAGGCAGAAAUAAAUAUUUUGACGGCACGAGAUACAACAGGGCCUGGGUACUAGGCCGGGUGCACCAUGGGUAGCCAUAUCGGGGGUAUAUAAGGCUGCGUAUAUCACGUGUUCGUCAUCUAGGCUUACGAACCAACCUCUCCUUGGUUUUUCUUAAAUUUUUGUUUUAUUUAUUUUUAGGAGCAACAUAUUCUCGAUUACAUUGUUAAGUCCCGUAGGAAGGGCUUUGAGCUUGAGCCUUGGUUCCUACCCAGAUUUCCUGCCCGCAUUUUUUCCCUUCGGGGUUUUUUUGGGCAGGUUUUUUCUGGCCUCCGUCUGACCGCAUUUACUUCAGUUUGUAAGCGGUAGCUCAGCUCUGCUAGUUUUCAGCCUUUUUCCCGUUUCUUAUUUUAUGUACUUGUACACUAGUUAUCUCAGUUUUGCACCUGCUCCUUUACUUGAUAUAUUUAGUUUCCAUGUAUGCUUAGGUCAGCUGUCCCGGAACCGCUCUUUAGGAGGCGACGUAAGUCAUUAUUGGAGCAGUUAGGUUGCAGGCAAUGUUACAGACCUCUAGCCAGGGUCGUUAUUCAUUGUUUACCCUCAAUGUCCCGCCCUAGCCUUUUAUGGCAGUCUUACUGGUUAUUGGGCUACGUGCCUUGUUGGGUACAUUAGUGGAGAUAAUUCCCAGUUUUCCUGGCACUCAGCCUCUGUGCUCCUGAAGUGUUCCCGGUCCCAGUUAUACGUUGAUCACAGUUUUAUUAAAUUUCCCCGGCCUAACUGGCACUAAGCCUCCGUGCUUAUUUGGGGGAUUCAGGUCGAGAUCGACCAGUUGUAGCAGUUUUUUCUUUUUGCUUAGCCUCUGUGCUCCUACCGUGUUCCUCGUGCCAGUUAUGCGUUGUCUGAGUUUUAUUAAUUAGUUUCUCCAGCCUAACUGGCACUAAGCCUGUGUGCUUAUUUGGGGGAUUCAGGUCGAGAUCGACCAGUUGUAGCAGUUUUUUCUUUUUGCUUAGCCUCUGUGGUCCUACCGUGUUCCUCGUGCCAGUUAUGCGUUGUCUGAGUUUUAUUAAUUAGUUUCUCCAGCCUAUCUGGCAGCCUAACUGGCACUAAGCCUGUGUGCUUAUUUGGGGGAUUCAGGUCGAGAUCGACCAGUUGUAGCAGUUUUUUCUUUUUGCUUAGCCUCUGUGUUCCUACCGUGUUCCUCGUGCCAGUUAUGCGUUGUCUGAGUUUUAUUAAUUAGUUUCCCCAGCCUAACUGGCAGCCUAACUGGCACUAAGCCUGUGUGCUUAUUUGGGGGAUUCAGGUCGAGAUCGACCAGUUGUGAGGAGUUUUUUCUUUUUGUUUAGCCUCUGUGCUACUACCGUGUUCCGUGUGCCAGUUAUGCGUUGUCUGAGUUUUAUUAAUUAGUUUCCCCAGAAUGACUGGCAGCCUACCUGGCACUAAGCCUGCCUGCUUAAAUGGGAGAUUCAGGUCAAGAGCGACCAUUUGUCGCACGAGUUUUAUCUUUUUGUGAAAGCUAGUUUACAAGUGUUGUACAUUAGGUAUUCAGGGUAUUCACCAGUAUUCACCUAUUAUUGUAUUUACAUAAAUACUUUGUAGGGUUGGUUCUCGCCAAGCCGUCCCAAAAUAAACUUAUUUGCCAUUACGUUUUGUCUGUUGAUGUUGUGUAGUGGAGUCAGAAUUUUGGUAAUCACUUGACUGUACACCGACAGACUGCCCGACCGACCGUCCGUCCGCACCACAGAUAUACCAAUGUAAAAUAACUCAAUCAACAGGUAUGGUAACCCAAAUGCAUCUCGAGGUUAUUUUGGCAGGAAAUCGCAUCUAUAGCCACCGGCGUCUUGUAAGCAGAGACAACAAAAGAGUCAAUAAAGAAGAAAACGGAAAGCGGAAAUUGUUUCUGGAUCCGUGUUGUCUGACGUAUGAAGCUUAGAUAAAUUGUCAUGUCCACAAAUUUGGAAGAUAGAGUAAGAGAAAGACAGAGAAAAAGAGAAAGUGGGCGGCAGGCCAGCGAGGCUCAACGAAAGAGGACGACAGGAAUUUAGAGCGAGAGAUAAAGAACAAAGGAGACAUUUUUGUUGGAAGAACAACAUGAAAAUUUUGUAACGGCGGUGACAAAAUUAGAAAUGCUAACGGCCACAAAAGCAAGGUGAAAAUGAGCGACAGUCAAAAAAAGUAAACGGGAACACGUAUGACAUUUCCUCCAUAAAACGUGUAACUAAGAAGUUUCUGGAAGUUUCACGUUGUAGUCGUGCAAAACAACGGCAAAGAAAUGUACAAAAAAACUGUGCUGCACGUGCAAAGUUGCUUUUGCUAAUUAGACUUAUUGUUGUUUUUCCUUGCUUAGCAUUACACGAUUUUAUAUUUUGUUUGAACAACCUAUAUAAUAAUAUUAUCGAGAGCUUCGCUUUUAUCCCUGGCUAAAUCUAUAUAUUAGCCUGUAAACAGACGUUGUUUUAUUUUUCCUUUCGUUCUUUCCAAAAUGUUUUAUUUUUCUUUUCGUUUUUUUCAAAAACAUCGCGCGAGAAUGAGCGCGCGAGAACGAGCGCGGAGGGCGAGAAAGAAAACUAAAGAACGUUCUUCUUCCCCUGACCACUACCCGCUUGCGCUGGCAGUCAAUAAAUCCCCUGCGGUUUAUAUUUUAUCACCCGCGUUCGAUGGACUUUGAAGAAAAAAUAGAGGGUCUGUGAACAUACUACUGUAUAUAAAGCAUACAUGGGUUUCAGCUGUACCAAUUUUACUGAGCAGCUUUUUCGUACAUUGACGUGUGCUCCAUUUGCCGUUGUAAUUUUUAAUAUGCUAAAGUGUAAAAACGAACAGCUGCUGUAAACGUCGGGUGCUGAUGUUCGAUCCGGCCUAAGGAAAAACUCAGAAAAACCUCAGAGGGUGUAGGCAUACACCCCACCCCCGUAGGUCCGAGGGUUAAUAUAGUCGACUCCCGGUAACUCGAACCUCCCGCUAACUCGAAGCAAUUUUCAUUUCCCUUCAGAUCAUUUUCUACAUAAUUUUACCCUCGAUAACUCGAACUCCCGAUAACUCGAACUUUUUUCUAUUUCCCUAUAAGGUUCGAAUUAUCGAGAGUCGACUGUAGAAAGGCUUGUAAUAUCACAGGCGUCCCAAGCCCACGUUACGAGUGUGUAUUCCUGACUAGUUCAAUCGAUAAAACCGAUAAUCAACAACAAUUGAUAAAAUCGACAAAAAUUAGAUAAUUUUAUCGGAAAUCGAUCAAAAUCAAUAAAGGAAUACGUUGUGAGUAAUCGAUAAUUAUCGAUUUUUAACUGUUAUUGUUAUCGAUUUAUCGAACUUAUCAAAUUUAUCGGCGCAAUACGUUUCCACGAAUUUAAGGGCAGCGAAGCAUCAGAACCUCCCGAAAACCAGUCUAACAAAAAAUUACUCUCGUAGGAUAAGUUUAAAGAUUUAUUUCACAAAUCAAAUGUUGAACAAAUACGUAACAUGGUCGGUAUUAUACCAAGAGAGGAUAACGGGGACAGAGAGGGCAUCCCCCAUACACACCCUAUUCUAUAGGUAACUCGUCUCGAGUUAUUUUUGACACCACAGAUCUCAAGGAGGGUUAGACAACAGCCAAUCAGCGAAUGUGUUCCGCGUGGAUGACCCACGCUCACGCGUCCUUCACGAAAUGACGCAGAACAAAAGGGCGGAAGACUCGGAGAGCGAUAUUGCUAUUCGUUUGGUCGACGAAAACAACUACAGCGAGAUUUCUGCUAAAGCUGUGUCAGCGAAACGGAAAUUAAAAAAGAAUCGCCCUUCCUCUCUCGUAUAGAGCUAACAGUACUGCAGGGAAAUCCUUAACACACUGAAUAUUCUCUCAGGAUCAUUUAUAAUUUACAGUUUGAAGAGGGCAAUUUCUGGUUUGAUAUUUAUUCUUUUAUUAGUCUUUUAUUAUUCAACAAAAAUAACACUUGGCGUCCUACUUGCUUUAUUGUACAAACGACCGGUUUCAAUAGACCGACGAAAUUUCUCAUUUUAUUAAAGCGCUCAUGAGGUUACGACAACUUCGAGUUAAACUGAUUUCACGGGUUGUCAAAGAGUCCAGCGAUUCCCUUUUCCCAGGUGAGCGCCGACUCAUUUCGCUUCAAUAUUCAGGAAUGCUCUCGAUCUCUUUACGCUUUCAUUGCCUUUCGCCCGACAUGUUUUGCACGGUGUUUAGUCAUGCGAAACCUCCACGAAACAUCCACGCAGCGCGCGAGGUAACUUUAUCCCCAUUCUAAAAAUAACUCGAAACGAAUUACCUAUGGAAUCGGGUGUGUAUGGGGGACGCCUUCUCUGUCCCCUUUAUCCUAUAAAACUCUUAUCAACUUUCCAAUUACCCUCCCACGCAGUCGUUUUUAGGUGAGCUCGUAUUUCUUCCCUCCCCAGAGAGGGAGGGGAGGGAAGAAAUACGAGCUCCCCUAAAAACGCCUGCGUGGGAGGGUAAUUGGAAAGUUGAUAAGAGUUUUAUUCUAAAAGUCAAUCUUUACUCGACUGUGUUCAUUAAAAUUGCUGAAAUUACAGGACAGUCAAUGGAUUAUCCUAAAACUAUAAAACAGGGAGUGUAAGAUAGAUGCAUUGUGAAAGUGAGUCGCUUGUUAAAAGUGUGUAGUUUGUCAUUACUAUUCAAACUCAGAUGUAGGCAAAUUCUCGUAGACUACUUUGUAUGCCACAGCCAGGUCCAAGUUGUAGCCAUGCACUUACAGCAGAGUGGCGACAAUAAGUGAGAUACAUGUGUAGAGAUGUUGGCUUAUACAUUUGUAUAUAAAGCCUAUGGCUAGUUUUGUUUGCUUCACUAUCGUCGUUGUAGCAUCAGCCUGAUACUCCCCAAUAAUGGCCUCUCAUCAGUUUGUGUAGGCUUUAACAAUAAUUUUUGGGGAUGGUCCACCAAGUACUGGUACUUGCUAAUAAGAAUUAAGGCAGCCGUUUAGAUUUCCUAAUGGGAUUUUAUGCAGUCUUACAUGUAACUAAGUAAGACUUUCAUUUGUAAUAAUAUUAUUUUUCUUAUUAAAUUAUGUAAUAAUUUUGCCGUGAACUACUUCUUUGAGUUAUUUUGGAAUGGAAAUGCACGUUACUUAUAAUAAUGUCAAACCUCUUUAAUACGGACACUAAAGGGACAGAACCAAGUGUCCGCUUUAUAGAGGUGUCUAUAUUACAGAGGUAGGGAUUGCAUGAUUUUUGGCUUUUCUGGGACCAAACGAACUGUCCGUCGUAUAGAAGUGUCCAUAAGAAGAGGUUAGACUGUAUAAUUAUUAUUUUAAUCUAAUCAUUUCAAGGAAAAAAUUUUGAAUUUUGUCAAUUCUAAAAGGAUUAUUUUAAUAGGCCAUUUCCGAGUUCCCAGGGCCUCUGUUUCAAAACGAGGUUAAGUGCUCAGCCUUUGAUAUGGAAAUCAUUUUUCAUUCUCGUGCAAAUAAAACUCAUUUCACAAGAAAGGUUGCGCACCUCGCCUCAUUUUGAAAGUGAGGGUUUUUGGAACUCGGAAGUGGCCUAUUGAAAUUGAAAAGUUACAGUUUUGGAUAUAGAAAAUAGGAAUACAUUGUAAGGAGUCUCUUUUUAUUGUGAAAAUAUUUAAUAUACAUAUGUACAUAUUAUAUGAAAAUGGAGAUAGAAUUAUUUUAAUAAAAACUUUAAUACCAAAAAUGCACCUAAAUAUGACUCAGCUUGAUUUGUGUGUAUCAGCGAAAAUGGGUCAUUGUGGAUGCAUGAAACGGUCCAGGGUUGUCUCACAAACGUCCACUUUUUAUAUACCGGAUAGAAUGAACAUAUGAUUCGAAACUGGGUGGUUAAGGAAAGUUAACACAUUUAGGAAAUCCAGUGAAUAAUCCACCGAAAGCGGAAUCUGUGGAAACAUGAAGGCUGCAGAAAGUAAACCGGUCAAACUGAGUUUCCGCAUUCAUUGUUCCGGAAACUCAACGGAUAAUUGAGUAUCCUCUGAAUUUACGAGCUGCGGAAACAUGACGGCAGUUAGCGUUUCCGCAAGAGUAAACCUGACGGAAACGCGAGUAUAAGGGAUGCGUUUAAGCGUGUCCGCAGAAACUGAAACAUGACGGAUACACGUGUUCCCCGUUACAAUUCCGUCCGCGGAUAUUCAGGUUUCCGUUAGAUAACCGUUACAAAAACGGAAACGGAAACACCUUUUUUCAACCUCUGAGAGCCACGCGUCCUUCACGAAAUGACGCAGAACAAAAGGGCGGAAGACUCGGAGAGCGAUAUUGCUAUUCGUUUGGUCGACGAAAACAACUACAGCGAGAUUUCUGCUAAAGCUGUGUCAGCGAAACGGAAAUUAAAAAAGAAUCGCCCUUCCUCUCUCGUAUAGAGCUAACAGUACUGCAGGGAAAUCCUUAACACACUGAAUAUUCUCUCAGGAUCAUUUAUAAUUUACAGUUUGAAGAGGGCAAUUUCUGGUUUGAUAUUUAUUCUUUUAUUAGUCUUUUAUUAUUCAACAAAAAUAACACUUGGCGUCCUACUUGCUUUAUUGUACAAACGACCGGUUUCAAUAGACCGACGAAAUUUCUCAUUUUAUUAAAGCGCUCAUGAGGUUACGACAACUUCGAGUUAAACUGAUUUCACGGGUUGUCAAAGAGUCCAGCCAUUCCCUUUUCCCAGGUGAGCGCCGACUCAUUUCGCUUCAAUAUUCAGGAAUGCUCUCGAUCUCUUUACGCUUUCAUUGCCUUUCGCCCGACAUGUUUUGCACGGUGUUUAGUCAUGCGAAACCUCCACGAAACAUCCACGCAGCGCGCGAGGUAACUUUAUCCCCAUUCUAAAAAUAACUCGAAACGAAUUACCUAUGGAAUCGGGUGUGUAUGGGGGACGCCUUCUCUGUCCCCUUUAUCCUCUCUUGGCUUUUACUGAAUUAACCUUCGGACGUAUUAACGUACACGCUACGCUGUCAUCCCCCAACAUGGUACAAGUGGUGGUGGUGGUGGGGUGGGUGAGGGGGUUGAUGGAACCCCUCUCUGAAGUUUUUGACAUGUUGCAGUGUUUCCAAAAGAUUUUACCUUUAGCGAAAACCUUUUGAUCUUCUCGACAAGAUCAUUGAGGCAUGUUUUAGAAAAUCCUUAAAUAAGAAUGACAAAGACCGGUUUAAUUUAUGAGCCCACCGAGAUUGAGCAUCCCACCCAAACCCUUGUUUUCACUAAAACCGCUGAAAACCAACCUGGUUGAGGUCAUUGUUAUCUAAGAUCUUCCUAUAUUUUAUUGGGAUAGGCGCUGUUAGAGGCCUGUGACGUCACCAAACAUAUUCGCCAUCUUGGCUGCCAUUUUUGAUUUUACCAAGAAUUAGAAAUCAGGUAAAAACGGCUAACAUGUCAAAUAAAGCACAAAAUAAGUACUUUGCUUCAUUUUAUCAACAAGUUUAACUUUUAUCGUUAGAGGAAGUUAAAAACAAUUUUUUUUCGCUAAUUUUUUUGGUUAUUGAAUUAAACGAGUUUUACAAUGUUACUUAAGAAUAAACAUUAAUUAAAUGAAUCAAAAUAUACAAUUCCACUUAAAAAAAAAAAAAAAGAAAAAGGAUAACAAUAACAACGAAAAAUAUAUGUAUAUAUUACAACAACGACGAUAACAAUAAAGAUGCCUACUAAUUUUAACGAACCUACGUGUAUCAACUACUACAAAGUACAUAAGUUCGCUUCUCCCACUUUUGAUAAUGAACAAGAAUCGGCGAAAGGCGAUUUUUAACUGGGCUGCAAAGGGGCUAUGUUUUCUGAAGGGAGGGGGCGGCUAUACACACUCAGGCUACCAUAAAACCUUGUCGGCAACCAUUAACAUUAACUCAUCCCCUGUUCAGAACAUUGUACCCUUUUGAAAGACUUUCAUAACCAAAAAAGAGGAGUACCAUUUUUAAGUGGGGGCUGUAUAAUAACUUUUACAUUCCACCAUUAUGAAUAAAAAUAAACAAGUUAGCAAUUAAUUCUAAGCAGGAAACAAUUUGCAUUAUUUCUACGCACCCCUUCCCCGAAUCCCUCUGUGCCCCAAAAUAUAGCGUGACAGUAUAACGUGACUAAUUUGACGUAACCGGAAAUUCCAAAAAUUGUUGUCGUUCUACGAGCAUAAAAUGCGACAGACUGAGCUGAUUUACACUAGACAGAAAUAUUGUAUUGUAUGAAAACCAGAAGUAUUCUAAAACAGACAGUUAACUGCCCAUUGGUCCCGCCUAAUCCAGGGGCCUCACUGACUACACGGAGACUUUACUGCGCUUUUCACAAACAUGCGAACUCUAAAGUUCAAAAGCCACCUUCACAAUUGUGUUUAUCGCUGCCGUCAAUCAUAAUUAAGAUCACAAGCAACGAACCUUGAAACAGAGAAACACACAAAACGGAUCGAAAACCAUGACCUUUUGAACCCGUGAAGUAAAGUUUUGUUUCCUAAGAGGUCCGUUAAGAUGAUUGACAGCAGCGAAAAACGCAAUCGUCGGUUGGCUUCUGAACUUCAGAAUUCGCAUGUUUGUGAAAAGUGCGAUCCUAAUUUGCGGUCCACAGUCUACAAGAAAACGCACUAUUUUUCCACAAGAUGAAAAAUAUUCAGUUUUAAGAUUUUCCUCUUGGUAUUUUUCUCUAACUUAAAGGAAUAAAAUCCUUUGGAUUUUGAGACCUAAAAAAGUUUAAAGAUUUCUCGCUCGCAUGUUGCGUUCACCAGCACGCACUUCAAACAAUGUAAAUAGAUAAAACGAUCGAUAACAUAUUUUUUACCAGUUCUGUUUGUCUCACCCAAGACUAACUUUUCUUCAUGGAAGAUAACUAUGCUGCUUUAUAACUCGUCCGAAGUUUUUGUGCCAGCUAAACAGUAUGGAAACACUAUUCAGAGUGACUCCUUGGAUAUUAAAAAGACUGAAAGUGACGCACUAUUAUGCCUUUGUUUACUUCUGAUCACAUCUUCAAGCGAAGUCUCUCUUUUCAAGCGAUUCCUCUCAAUGCACAAUAAUUGACCCUUAUAUUAGUUAAAACCUCUGGUUCAUUUAUAUUAAUGCUGUUUUUGCCCCUCACAUUGACUAUGUUCGUUCGUAUUCAAAACACCUUAACGAAAAUAGAGGUCGUAUAAGUCAUGUGUGUUAUGUUUCAAGAUAAAUAGAUUAUACGCUUUUUUAAGUUUCCAUUUUGCGGUGACUUCAGUUUACAUCUCCAUAAAAUGGUAAAAGAAAUAUCAAGAAACAUCACGAGAGCUGAAAACUUUCAAAGGCAUGUUUCUGAAACUCGCUAAUGCUGACAUCAAUAUAGCGUGCUUGCUGAAUGGGCGAAAACACAGAACUGUGAUCACAAGAUCAUGUACAAAUUUAAUGAUAAAAGCUUAGCAAGAUACAGGUACAAACAAAAGCAAACUCCCUGAAACCUCGACGUGGGCUACACUUGUAUGCUCUACUCAGUCACCAAACCUUUUCAGUAAUGGCUCCUAUUUUCCUCAAGUCGCUCUCUGUGAAGCUCCCGGAUGGGAUGUCCCGAUGAAGCUUUAAACUUGUGUGCGAAAUUCUCAGAGUCCCUAUUUUUGUCCGUGUCUUCUUUAUCCUCAGUAUCCUAAAUUUAGACCUCCAAAGUGGCGUGUGUUGCAUUAAAUAGAAGGAAAUAUUUAAAGGAAAAGCCAGUCUUCUAUAACAUGGCAAAGUUGUCACGUCCCUCGCGAAUGAACGUGCGUAACAUCAGGAUUCAUCUGCCAUUCAUCGGCAACUGAGUUGUUCGCUUCACUGACUACGAAGGCGUACAAUCAAGUCUUCAGCCAUAGUGUCGUCAACUGAUGAAAUACUCUGCUCAUGAAUUGUGCUUCUUAAUUGCUCAUGUACUACAUCGAUCGAUAAUUCUCUCUUUGAGUUCACGAAGCGGCCACGGCGUUCCAAACCUGCCGCUCACAGUCAUCUUUUAGUGUAAACCUACUGUGAACGGCGUGUCGGUUUGAAUGCAACGCGAGCAUUUCUCUGAGUUUCCCAGCGCCAACAUCAUCUAACUGACUUAAACUCGUACAAUAAAAAAAUUAUAGAGUAACUCCCAUGAUCGAAUCGCUUCGAACAACGCAAAUAACUUUCUUCAGGUUCGCAACGUCUUGUGGGUUUUUCAGGGGGAGCGGAGACGAGGUACAAAAAGUAUCCGUGUACGGCUCCGUGCAAGAGAAACUCAUAUGAAACCAUUUGUGAGAACAUCGUUUCUCCGUACAAGACUCUCGUGUCGUCCCUCCCCCGGGAGGCCGUUUUUCACCGCAGACGACCGAAAGCCCAUUUUAUGACUGGGCGCACAGGCAGCCCAGUAAAAAGAAGUUUAUUUUUCUCGCUGGCGAUAUGGAGCUCAAUAUUGAAGACACGUCUUGCCCUAGCAAUAAAACCUCUAAUAGAAGAUACGCUAUUAUGACAUCUCCUACAGUAGAUAUAAUAUUUCGCUAAUAACAAAAUAUGAUUAAUUAGAAUAUAGUCGCCUACAAUAUCAAAUUUUCCAAAUAUCACAUGAGACUCAUUAAUUGUCUCAACAUGAACGUCAUUAUCUCUUAGCCAGGACAAGACAUGCUUCCAAAACUCAGAAGAUAUCCUGCAGGAGAAGAGUAAAUGCUCAACAGAUUCCGCUGCUUCUUGAUAGAAAGUGCAGUUUGGCGAUUCCACUACACCAAUUAAAUUAAGUUUCACGUUUGUAAAGAGUAUACAGUUUAAAAUUUUGUAAUGAAAUUCCCUGAUCUUUGUGUCCAAAGUGCAAUGAAAGGCCAAAGUGUAAGCCUUUUCCCAAUCAAUAUCUAUAUUUGAGUACUUGUAUGAUAAUUUCUGUUUUGCGGUGGGCGCAAUUUGCUUUUGCUGCAGAAAGAUUUGAUAGAUCUGUUUAGGAGAGAUAUCAAGGAUUGGCACUACAUUACCACUCGGCAACUUAAUAGUUGGGGUAAUCGGUAUGGGAUUAGCUGAUGUUACGUUUGUAGAUGCUUUAAUGAGUGAGCGCCAUUCUGCGGGAAUCGAAUUGAUAAUACUCAUAAGAAAAAAUCUUUGUCCAGCGUUUGUAAGUGAAGAGAAGUCGCACGAGAAGGAGUUGUUCGCAGAAAUUAAAUCCUUAAUCUUUACGAAGCCUAAGUUUACUAUCUCUUCUGUACAUCGAUUUUUUGUCAUAACAAAGAAAUUUGUUGUUCCAGGUAAUUUCGUUAAUGAUUUCCUCGUAACAACUUGGAGUCUUUCCAUUAACCUCCGACCACGCAUCGAAGCAUUCCUUAUAAUAUGCUGGUAGAUUGAUUUUCAAUUUAGAAGUUUGAAAUUUGCAGUGCAAUACAAAACGUCCUCCGAUUGGUAACAGAAGUUUGUCUAGGAUUACUUUCCAAGGACUUGAGUAAUCCUCUAAUAAUUUCUUUAACCAUGUUAUUCGUUUAGCGCAAAUCACAGAUUGAAUGUCCAACAUUUUGAGUCCACCCAUUUCUAUAUCAGAUAUCAAUGCAAGGCGCUUCACUUUGUCUUUCCCAUUCCAAAUAAAGUUGUAGAGAACUGAGUUUGUCUCUUUAAUUAGUUCUUUAGAGACUGGUAUAACCGAAGCUCUGAACAUAAGCUUUGGGAUUGCGAAAGUUUUGACUAUCUAUAUUCUUCCUAAAAGGGAGAGCCCUCUCCAUUUCCAUACGUUGAUUGAUUCCUUUAUACUUUUUAAAGUUUGACCAUAGUUAAUUGAGUGGAAUGGUUAUGAAACCCGUCAGACUCCUUUGUUAUAUGUUUUUGUGGACCUGAAAGUGCACAACGUUUAAAAGAAUUCCUAUCAUUUUGAUUGUAUUGACCAAUAAAAACGUUGCAUUAAUUUAUUCCGUAACAAUUUGCCAACAGAAAACAAAGGAUUGUGCACUUUCACGGUGCUUUGAACAUAAACUGCAGCACUGUUGUUUUUAUCAUUGAUGUUUGCCGCUCUUCAUAACCAGUCUCCUCUAAGAACUAUGGUAGAACGAAGCUGAAAACGACCCAGCUAAUUGUUCUAAAUGCUUUUUUGUGUUUUGUCACUUAAACUGGCCACAAUUGCCCCUAAAUCCCAUUUAAUGACGACACAAGCCAAAAGGGAAGGGAAUUUCCACGCUUUGCAUAAACGUUUAUUUAUUGUUGACAUUGAAAAAAUUAAGUUUUAAUGGCUCAAUUAAUACCGGUUAUUAGAUUUCACACAACAGGUAAAUAAAGAAAAAAUAAUACAGAGCGGCUUAUUUGCAUUUUAUAACAGGAUCCUUAAGUCUCCAGAAAAUUGUUUUUCGUUGAGUGAAGCGUGAGUUUCUUUUAAACUGAAAGGAAUGUCAGUACAGGCUAAUGGUAAUAACUGGAAGGGCCGCGUAAAACAUAUAACAAGUCUUUUAUACAGCACUAGACACGUUCGAUCUCCUGAUUGGCCAGGGAACCACCGCCUGCACACUGCCGAUAAGAAACGGGAAAUGCUCGAAAUAAAAUGACAUUAUGAUUCCAUCUUCUCAUCAUAAUGUUUGUUUUUCGUUGAGUUAAGCGUGAGUUUCUUUUCAACUGACCCUUCUAAUUGGUCUAAAUACUAUGCUGUCCUACAGUCAUCUUAGCAAUGAUUGUCAGGUCAUAAAUUGACGUACAUAUGGUAUAUUAUGUUCUAAAGAAAAGGCGCGAACCUUACCAGAUGUUUGUAAGAUAUCCUACCUUUCUUUUUUCCUUAUGCUUACCUUUCUUUCCUACGGCCUUUCUUAACAAUCGAGGUCCUUAUAGUGAACAUAAAGCCUCCAGAUAGAGUUAUGUUCAACGAUCACAACAUGGUAACUUGGGUUUGGAUUUUUGGAUGAAAUGUCGUCGUUAACAGACUCGUUGAUCGCAGUGACUUUUUGUCGCACCUCCUGCCUUUAACCAGAAAUAGCAGAAACUGUUUUUAAAUUUCCAUUUGAGGUGCUAAUAAAAAGUGUCAGAUACCGUGGUGAGAAACAAAAAAACAUCAGUUGAAUUUUAACAGUAUUCGAUCAGUUCCAAGCUGAGUUUGAGUCCUGUUUCAAUGGAAACUUGGUUCACAAUUCUUGGUUAGACAUUAUCCGUUGUGGCGGCGGCUGGAAAUGGCUCCAUUAUUUUUCUUGUUUGCAGCAAACGACGGCUCCUCACUAAAACCAACGCCUUUAUCAUUUCUCUUGCAGUAGCGGAUCUCGGUGUAGGGGUUAGCGUUUUCCCUUCAGAGUUUUCCUGCGAAAUCGUUAAAACUAGCCACAUUUCGUCUUCAAGAUGUUGGAAUAUCGAUCGAAUACGACGGCUGUUCGGUUACGCAUCUGUGACAAGCUUGUGCAGUUUAGUUCUGGAUCGUUACGUGGCGAUUGUUACGCCUUUAAAGUAUCUAAAUUUUAUGAGCCGAGGUCGUGUUAUCCAAAUGAUUUUUGUUUCCUGGGCAAUCCCUGUGGGAUUUGUCAUAACUUCAUUUUUCUUACUCCAGCGGAAUUUUGUUAUCAUAUUUGCCAUGUUUUGGGAGACUUUUUCAUGCUUCUUUCUGAUAUUCUGCUUUUCUUCCAUGGUAAGUGUUGUAUAUAAACAUGAUCGAUCUUCAGCCACCUUAGCAAAGCAGCUGCGGUUCAACAACAGAGAUUUGACAGUCAGAAGUCAGGACAGAUCAGCAGUAACAAUGAUGGCGAUUGUAAUAGUCGUGUUUCUCGUCUGCUAUGGAAUAUAUUUGCGCUGCUGUUUAGUAUCACUUCUUUAUCAUACCCGUCAGUGUAAUGAUGAAGUCUAUAAAAUACCCAUGUUAGUCCUGAAUUCUGCCAUCAACCCUUGGGUGUAG